CGAGAAACGGGCCCUUUGAGGGCAGAGGAGCCACCUCUUCCCUUCGCCCCCCUCCUUCCCCUCUCUUCUUCUAUCUACCCCUCCCGCUCGGAGCCCGAGUUGCCAGUCACCGAUUCAUGUGACAGCGGGAAUGAAAACAAGGUUUUGAUUCACCUCCAUUAUGUCUUCCCCCAAAAUUGCUUCACUUUCUUGGGGUCAAAUGAAGGUACAAGAUUGUAGCACAACCUAUAAGGACUGCAAAGUAUGGCCAGGGGGUAGUCGGUCCUGGGACUGGAGAGAAACAGGAACUGAGCAUUCCCCAGGUGUGCAGCCUGCAGAUGUGGAGGAAGUAGCCAAGAAGGGGGUCCAAACCCUGGUAAUUGGCCGUGGAAUGAGUGAAGCAUUGAAGGUGCCAGCAUCUACUGUGGACUACCUUAAGAGACAAGGGAUAAAUGUCCUGGUCCUCCAGACAGAACAGGCUGUGAAAGAAUACAAUGCUCUAGCUGCUCAAGGAGUCAAAGUGGGAGGUGUCUUCCACUCUACCUGCUGAUGGCACCUUCCAAGUUUAGAGAAAAAUAAAACAAUGAUUCAUGAAUGUGA